AAACCUGAGGAAUCCCGCCCCGUGGAGAAAUGGUGGAAGUGUGGUGAUGAGGGAAAAGGCUUCCAUUUCCCGUCUGCCCUGGAGAUUCAUCAGCGCAUCCACACAGGGGAGAGGCCGUUCUCCUGCCCCGAGUGUGGGAAGGCCUUCAGCAAAUGCUCCGACCUGCUGAGGCACCAGCGAUCCCACACAGGGGAGAGGCCCUUCAACUGCCCCAAGUGCUGGAAGAGAUUUACCCGGGCCUCCCACCUGCUGAGGCACCAGCGGGCCCACACAGGGGAGAGGCCGUUCUCCUGCCCAGAGUGUGGGAAGAGAUUUGCCCAGGCCUCCAACCUGCUGACCCACCGGCGGGUCCACACCGGGGAGAGGCCCUUCAGCUGCUCAGAGUGUGGAAAGGCCUUCAGCAAUUCCCCUAACCUGCUGAGGCACCGGCAGGUCCACACUGGGGAGAGGCCCUUCAGCUGCCCCGAGUGUGGGAAGGCCUUCAGCGAUUUCUCUUUCCUGCUGACCCACCAGCGGAGCCACACUGGGGAGAGGCCCUUCAGCUGCCCUGAGUGCGGGAAGGCCUUCAACAAUUCCUCUUCUCUCCUGAUCCACCAGCGGAUCCACACUGGGGAGAGGCCAUUCAGCUGCCCGGAGUGUGGGAAGGCCUUCCGCCAUUCCCCCAACCUGCUGAGGCAUCAGCGGGUCCACACUGGGGAGAAGCCUUUCAGCUGCCCCGAGUGCGGGAAGGCCUUCAGUAAUUCCUCCAACCUGCUGACCCACCAGCGGAUCCACACUGGGGAGAGGCCCUUCAGCUGCCCCGAGUGUGGGAAAGCCUUCAGCAAUUCCUUCAACCUGCUGACCCACCGGCGGGUCCACACGGGGGAGAGGCCCUUCAGCUGCCCUCAGUGUGGAAAGGACUUCACUCGCUCCUCCCUCCUCCGGAGGCACCAGCAAGUUCACGUAGGGUGAUUGAAGGAGUGACGGCUGAGUGCCAUUAUCGACUGGACUAUUAACCCAGUUCCAGGGACUCCUGGGUUUGAAUCCCACUGCGGCAGAUGGCGCUAUACAGGGUCUGAGUGAAAUUGCUGAGUGAGUCAAUACUUCCUCCAGGUUAAGGCUGUACCAAGGAUCCAAUUACAAAGGGACAACUCAGUGGUGACCAAUAGUAAAGACAGUGAUGGGGGGGGUGGGGAG